AUGGCGGAUGCCACUGAUGUGCCUCCGGCGCAGCUUGUGGAGGGGGAUGCACUGGAGCGGGAGCAUGUGCUGAACGUGUACAACGCGAUCGCCACCCACUUCUCGUCGACGCGAUACAAGGCGUGGCCGAAGGUGCAGGCCUUCAUUGAGGCCUUGCCGAAGUACGCCCUCGUGGCGGAUGUCGGUUGUGGGAAUGGGAAGUACUUUGGCUGCGCGCAGCGCUACCGCGGGGGGGGCCGCGGCGACACAGAGGCGGAGGCGGAUGACGCCUGCCGGUACGUUGUAGGCAUCGACGUUAGCGAGGGGCUUCUACGCCUGGCGCAGCGGCAGCUGCAGCAGCAGCGCACGAUGGCCUUUGCAGGCGACUGCGCCUGCCGGACCGACCUGCUGCGCGCGGAUGGCCGUUGCACCGCACUUCGCGGGGGCAUCUUCGACGCCGUCGUCAGCAUCGCGGUCGUUCACCACUUCGCUACUCAUGCAAGGCGGGUUGAGGCGCUCCGCGAGCUGCUUCGCCUCGUGCGACGCGACGGUGUUGUGCUGGUCAGCGUUUGGGCGAAGGAGCAGCCGAAGAAGCGGUCCAGAACCGACGCGGCAGACGUCUUUGUCCGGUGGGAGAUGCACGAGAACCACGACAAGGAGCGGCGCGUGUACCAGCGCUACUAUCACCUUUUCGCGCAGGGGGAGCUGGAGAGCCUCGCCACGGAGGCGGGUGCCUCGGUGCGAACGUCGUACUACGACAAGGAAAAUUGGUGCGCCAUCCUCACCCCAGCGUGA